GUCAUUCUUGGAGCAGCCCCCGGCACCUCGGCAUUCAGAUUUCCAGAUAUGAAGGGAAUACUGUUGCUCCUCUUAACCAGUCUCCUGGUGCUAGUCCAUUCUCACAUCAUUCUGGAAGAAAAGAAAGAAGGGACCAACAGUGGAAGUGUAAUCAGGUUUUCAGAGCUGCUCCCUCCUAUCUCUAUUGUGGAGUUAACCAAGACGUCGCGAAGAGUAAGCAGAGUGGAUGCAGAGAAAAAUAAAUUGGCAAAGAGGAAAGUACCCCCAAAAAAGAAGCCACGACCCCCUCCUCCACCGAAUUGCGUUCCUGUUCUAUCAAGCUGCAAAGCGCCGGCCGCGCCAUGCUGCGAACACUGUGCCAUAUGCCAUUGCCUCCUCUUCCAGACAGUGUGCUAUUAUAAGAUGGGCUACCCCAACUGCUAGAAGGCCUUGGGGGUAUUAAGGGUAGCCCCACUUUAGCAGUUAAAUCACAGUUUAUUCUGGAACUAAAGACUAGACACGGAAGAAUAAAAUAUAUGUCAUAUACAUGAA